AGGGGGCGGAAGAAGACAUUCGGCUUUUUGCAUGCUUGGUUGCUAUUUUGAUAAUAGAUCAGUAGAAAACACCAACAUUGUUGACCACACAGACCCUGCCACGCUGCCCCAUUUUGCUGUCGGCUUCAUUUGCCAAUUAAAUCGUAAGGUUUAACGUUUGGGAACCUGCUGGUCCCAAGUUCUACCUGAUGAGUAUGAGCCUGACUACAGAACCCUCUAACGAUGCCCCCACCCAGUCAGAGAGCAAGCUGACAUCACCUGAGAAGAAGGAGAAAAAGGCAGAGGACGUGCCAGAAGAAGAGGAGGAAGAAGAAGAAUACGUGGUGGAAAAGGUCCUGAAUCGGAGGGUGGUAAAAGGCCGAGUGGAAUACCUUCUCAAGUGGAAAGGCUUUUCAGAUGAGGAUAACACAUGGGAGCCGGAGGACAAUUUGGACUGCCCAGAUCUGAUAGCAGAGUUCCUACAGUCCCAGAAAUCAGCACAUGAGGGCAAGAGGAAGGCAGCUGCAGAGGCGUCUGGGGAUGAAAGUAAAUCGAAGAAGAAAAAAGAUGACACAGAGAAGUUGAGGGGCUUUGCUAGAGGUCUGGAACCAGAGAGGAUUAUUGGCGCCACGGAUUCUACAGGAGAACUCAUGUUCCUCAUGAAGUGGAAAAACUCUGAUGAAGCAGACCUUGUACCAGCGAAGGAGGCCAAUGUCAAGUGUCCGCAGGUGGUCAUCUCUUUCUAUGAAGAGCGACUCACUUGGCACUCAUAUCCCACCGAAGAUGAGAAAAAGGAUGACAAGAACUAAGGGAGCAGAGCAGAAAGAAAUCGUAGUUUUGAACUUAAAAUGUAGUUCCAGCAGGUGUUUAGGCAGAGGGGCAGAGAGGCAAGCAAGACACAACAUUGGACUCCUUUUUGUCUUUUGGCUUAGCAUCAUUCACCGGAUAUGAUCAAAACUGUAUAUAUAUAUACACACUGUAUGGUUUGCAAGAGGAAACUCAACCCAGAUGAAAUGUAAAUUGACAUUCACUCCUGUGGCAGUCAUUUGGAUACUGCAAGAUUGUUGUCACAUGGUUUUGGUUCAGGUCAUUUUGCUAUGACGUUGUUUUGUGGAGAUAUACAUUAUUAGUCUUUCAAGACAGUGCCAUGUUGUAUUUUUAAACUUUUAACUCUUUGAGUAAAACAAUGUUUUUUGCCUUUUCUUGAUUUUGUAGUGUACGUGGUGAUUUUAAAACCCAUUCAACAAUGAUUCCAUUUACUUUGCUCAUUAGUAGUGUUUCAUAACGGCGUCUUGCUUGUCUGUUUUGGAGAAUAAACCACUUUUUGUUA